AUGUCCGCAACUCGUAGCUCAUUUCCAUCGAGAAAACUUGGGCCCGACGGCCCCACUGUGAGCGCGAUCGGAUUCGGCGCUGGAGGCUUUGGCGAUUUCUAUGGGACUGCGGAUAAAAAAGAGGCACCGCAGGUGUUGACUUAUGCCGCGAAUCAUGGAAUUUCGUUCUGGGACACUUCUGACUUUUAUCGCGACUCGGAGAAAAUCAUUGGGGAAUGGUUUGCAAACACAGGCCGACGCGAAGAAAUAUUUCUUGCGACCAAAUUCGGUGCCAAUGACCUACGGAAGGGCAUUCAGACUCACGCCCAGCGCAGUCCGUGCAGCGACCCGGACUAUAUCGUCAAAUGCAUUGAAAAGUCUCUGAAAGAUCUGCAGACUGACUACAUUGACUUGUAUUAUCAACACAGAGUAGAUCCUUCUAUUCCCAUUGAAAUAGUCAUGGAGACUCUCCGUCCCUUUAUCGACCGCGGCACCAUCCGAUGGCUUGGCUUAAGCGAGUGCUCUGCCACUACUCUCCGUCGCGCAAAGGCUAUCCCGGGAAUUGGCGAAAAGCUGGUCGCCGUGCAACUCGAAUAUAGUCCUUUUGAGCGGACGAUCGAGACAAAUGGGUUGUUUUCCACUGCAAAGGAGCUUGGAGUUGCGGUGGUGGCCUACUCCCCACUCGGACGUGGUCUGAUUACGGGCCGAUUCCGCAGUGCUGCUGACUUUGGCGAGAACGACCUUCGUCGAAGUAUCCCGCGUUUUUCAGCAGAAAAUUUCCCCAAGAAUCUAGCGUUGGCGGACGCCUUCAAGACCCUCGGAGAAAAAUAUGACGCUACACCAGCCCAGACCGCACUGGCUUGGCUACUUGCGCAAGAUCCUCAUCUUGUGCCGAUUCCUGGCGCAACCGCUUUAACGCGUGUUGAGGAGAAUUCGAAUGCAGCAUUCAUCUCGCUGAUGGAACAGGACGUGAAGGACAUUCGUAACUUUGUUGAAGAGGCCGACAUCCAAGGCACCCGUACAUUAUGGCUUCCAGACGGUAAUUGCAUUGAACUAGCAGAAUGGAAGGCAAGGAACUAG